AUGAGCGACAGUGUCUGCGCAUGCAGGAUCGUCGAAGAAAAACCCGAAGUCACCGAAGAGUUCUCAGUCACCCCUACAGCAGCUCCCCCAGUGGCAGCAGCAGUCAGCGGCAGCCGCCCCGCCUUUCGCCAGGUGUACACCCCGUGGGUGCCUGUAUUCAGGCCCAUGUUCACCCAACAGCAGCAGCAGCAGCAGCAGCUGCAGCAGAUGCAACAGCAGCAGCAGCAGCAGCUGCUGCUGCAGCAGUUGCAGCAGCAGCAAGGGAAUAACUCGUUUCAGCAGCAGCUACUGCAGCAGCAGCAAUCCAGCACAAGCAGCUAA